AUGCCACUACGAACCACCUGGGUACAUCAUAAAUGGGCAAUCUUUUAUUGUGCUGUAUCAGCCAUCGGAGCCCUCUGCUAUGGAUAUGACAAUACGUACUACAACGGUGUAUUGGCCAUGCAGGAGUUCAAGAAUGAUUACGGAGAUGUCCGUGAUGCCACCGGCAAGCUCGCUCUGUCUUCGUCUUUCCAGUCUCUCACAGCUUCCGCUAUUUACAUUGGCGACUUGCUUGGCGCAAUGAUUGCUGCUCCCCUCAAUGAUCGCUACGGCCGAAAGUCCACGUUCUGGCUGGCUUCAUUCUGCAUAUUCAUCGGCGGCAUUUGUCAAGUCGCAGACACAAUCAGCUCAGAAGCCCUACUUGUGGUCGGACGCAUCUUGAUUGGCCUUGGAGUGGGCCAGUUUACCGUCACUUCAUUGCUGUACAUCGGUGAAGUUGCACCCUUGGGCAUCCGAGGACCAGCACUCAUGUGCUUCCAAUUUCUCCAAUCCUGGUCUCAGUUAUGCGCAUCCGCGAUCAACCAGGGCACCAAGAGCAUCGCAAGCUCUCUGGGAUACCGUGUUCCUAUGGGAGGCCUUGUCAUUCUUCCUCUAAUCAUGGCCGCCCUUCUUCCCUUCAUUCCGGAGAGCCCGCUGUGGUACGUUCUCAAGGGCCGUCAUACAGAGGCCGAGCAAUGUUUUCGCAAGAUCAAUCAGAGCAACCCGAACUACGACCCGUCAGAGGAUAUGGCUACUGCUGAAAAUGCCAAGAAUGUCGAAGAGGAACAUGCCGAAUUCUCUUCAUGGGGAGCCCUGAUAACGGAUCCCAUCGAAAGACGCAAGUUGAUCUACUCGGCUGGAGCCAUGUUCAGUCAGCAGAUCUGCGGCAUUCUGUUCUUCUACGUUUAUGGUGUUGUAUUCGUACAGGCAAUUGGGUUGGGCGACCCUUUUCUCGUUCAACUGAUCACCAACAUUGUUCAAAUCUUCGCCGUGGGCGCCUCUAUAAUCACUGUCAACAAAGUGCGCCGCCGUACCAACCUCAUGAUCACCAACUUGAUGAUGCUGGUGGCCUUCAUCAUUAUCGGCGGCGUGGCGGUCAAGCCGCUUACAUCUUCGACACAAUACGUCAUUGUAGUGUUUUCCUUUGUCGUCGUAGUUGGCUUCAACUUCGGUCUUGGCCCCCUUGCGUACACCGUCGCUCGGGAAAUGGCAGUCGGUCCCAACCAGAACAAGAUCAUGUCCGCGAGUAUCGUCAUUUUUUACCUGACAACCUGGGUGGUCUCGUUCACCGCGCCCUAUUUAUACUACGAUGCUGGACUAGGUCCAAUGGUAGGCUUCGUAUACGCUGGAACGACGUGUCUCUCCAUACUGUGGACAUGGUUUUGUGUGGGCGAAACCGCAGGCAGAUCAAGUUUGGAGAUUUCGAGAUUUUUCACUGAAAGGAUACCCGUCAGAGCUUGGAGGAGUCAUGUAUUCUCGGAAAGCGAAUCCUCGGGAGAAAUGAGCUCAGAAGACAAAGGCAAGGGUAUGCCGAAUGGCCCUUUAACGGCAGAGCACCAGGAAUUUGCUGUAUAA